AGCGCAGAUGUCUUCAACAUGGCGGCGGUGGCGGCCGCACGAGUGUUGUCUGUGGGCCCUGGGCUCCGAGGCCUGCAACAGACACUGCCUCUUGUAGUGAUUCUCGGGGCCACGGGCACCGGUAAAUCCACGCUGGCUUUGCAGCUGGGCCAGCGGCUCGGUGGCGAGAUCGUCAGCGCUGACUCCAUGCAGGUUUAUGAAGGCCUAGACAUUAUCACCAACAAAGUUUCUGCCCAAGAGCAGAGAAUGUGCCAGCACCACAUGAUCAGCUUUGUGGAUCCUCUUGUGACAAAUUACACGGUGGUGGACUUCAGGAACAAGGCAACUGCUCUGAUUGAAGAUAUAUUUGCCCGAGACAAAAUUCCUAUUGUCGUGGGAGGAACCAAUUACUACAUUGAAUCUCUGCUCUGGAAAGUUCUUGUCAAUGCUAAGCCCCGGGAGAUGGACACUGAGAAAUUAAUUGACCGGAAAGUAGAGCUUGAAAAGGAGGAUGGCCAUGCACUCCACAAACGCCUAAGCCAGGUGGACCCAGAAAUGGCUGCCAAGCUGCACCCACACGACAAGCGCAAAGUGGCCAGGAGCUUGCAAGUGUUUGAAGAAACGGGAAUCUCUCAUAGUGAGUUUCUUCAUCGUCAACAUGCAGAAGAAGGUGGUAGUCCUCUUGGAGGCCCUCUGAAGUUUCCUAACCCUUGCAUCCUCUGGCUUCAUGCUGACCAGACAGUUCUAGAUCAGCGCUUGGAUAAGAGAGUGGAUGACAUGCUUGCCGCUGGGCUCUUGGAUGAACUAAGAGAUUUUCACAGACGCUAUAAUCAGAAGAAAGUUGCGGAAAAUAGCCAGGACUAUCAACAUGGUAUCUUCCAGUCAAUUGGCUUCAAGGAAUUUCACGAGUACCUGAUCACUGAGGGAAAAUGCACACCAGAGACUAGUAACCAGCUCCUAAAGAAAGGUAUUAAGGCUCUGAAACAAGUGACUAAGAGAUACGCCCGGAAGCAAAACCAAUGGGUUAAAAACCGUUUUUUGAGCAGACCUGGUCCCAGUGUCCCCCCAGUAUAUGGCUUAGAAGUAUCUGAUGUCUCGAAGUGGGAGGAGUCUGUUCUUGAACCUGCUCUUGAAAUCGUGCAAAGUUUCAUCCAGGGCCACAAGCCUGCAGCCACUCCAGUAAAGAUGCCCUUCAAUGAAACUGAGAACAAGAGAAGUUAUCACAUGUGUGACCUCUGUGAUCGAAUCAUCAUUGGGGACCGUGAAUGGGCAGCACAUAUAAAAUCCAAAUCCCACUUGCACCAACUGAAGAAAAGAAGAAGAUUGGACUCAGAUGCCGUCACAACCAUAGAAAGUCAGGGUAUUUCCCCAGACCGUGACAGAGAGCUUAAGGAGAAGGGAUCCCCAGGGCAGAGUGGUGAAGAGCUGAAAUCCGGUGAUUAAGAGACAUGUCCAGUGGCCUUUGCAAGGGUAGUGCGGAUCCAGUUCAGCAGGGAGAGUUAUGUCUUGUGUCCCAAUCUGGGCUGAGGAGCACCAUGCAGAAAGCUCCCACCAUUUUCUUUCAUUCAAUGGUAUGGUUUUAAAGUCUCAUGUUCUCUUUCAUGGAAACAGCAGGUCUUGUCAGCUCCUUGUGUGGCUGAUGUAUCUGGUAAUGAGUUUGGGAAGGGAUAUUUUUUUUCUUUUUUAAGCUUAAAGGUUCUAUUUUAAAAGAGGCACAGAUUGUACUUUUUUACAGUUGAGCAUCUUUUUGGUGAUGAAUACCAGAAUUCACUACAUCCCUUAAAAAAGAAAUUUUAUGUUCCUGACUCUGGCUAAAAAUAUCUAAUUUCCAGACACUUUUAUAGAUAACUGAAGUAUUGUGAGCCACAAAUCGAGUUCUGGAUUUGAGUAAAUGUCAAGAAAGGACUGGCCACAAUGAGCUGAUUAAUUGAACCAAACCAGUUCGUGGAAUUCUGUAAGGAAAGAAUCAGACCAAGGUGGUUGUGACAUGGGACUUGAAAACUAAAGACUGAAAUUUGUUGAUCUCCUCCUGUGUUAUAAUUGCUGUCACUGCUGUCUUUCUAUUGAGUUAGGAAUCUAUAUUUUUAUUGAAAGUUGAAUAAAGAAAAAGUUUGCAAGA